CACCGACACAGGCGGGACCAGAGCGGGACCAGAGCGGGACAGAGCGGGACAGAGCUCCGGGAAACGGGCUUUAGCUCCGCGGCUAAUGUUGUGAUCCGAGCCGAGCUGCAGCUGAAGGGCGCAGGGACAGAGGAUUUUAUUUCCUGUGUCUCUUCUGUCUCAGACCCAGAUGGAUAAAAAUAUCAGAAAAGUGCGGAAUGAAGACAUAAACCCGUGUCUGGAGGAGACUGACGCCUCCCGCAUGUGUAUGGAGCAUCACAACUAUGAGAGGGACAGGUGCGGCGCGUACUUUCAGAACUACAAGAACUGCAGAAAGUACUGGCAUAACAUCAUGGUUCAGAGGCGGAGAGAAGGAGUCAAGCCGGAGAUGCCCACAGCGGCUGAGAGGCAGGAGAUGCUGGCUGCACUGGGGGGGAGAAAGCCCUACUGACCCACAGCUCUGCAGAGGCUCUGUACACUUUCUAAAGGACAUGUGUCUGUACUGUGGACUGAUGCUUCACCACAGCCACUCUAUUGCUUUACUGAAUUCUGAUUGUUUUUGUUUCACUUUAAAUUAAAAUGUUGAAAAGGUGUUUUUGUGUGUGUGGGUGUGUGUGUGUACUGGAUGGUCAUGGGUUGUGUAACUUGUUCUGAAUAAAGCUGUAGGGACACA